CUGCACCAACACCAACGGGUACUACGUGUGCUGGCUGACAACAUGCGGCAAUUCUCUUAAUGACAUCUCCCGGCCGAGCCUGACACGGCGACUACGAUGCGCUUCUCCAAACCCAACUGGCUCGUGCAUGGCGGCGAGAAGAAGGACCACGAGGUGUACAGCUGCCACGUCUCGCCUGAUGGAAGCCGACUGGCGACGGCAGCAGGCGAUGGCCAUGUGCGCAUCUGGUCGACGGAAGCCAUCGCAAACGCCUCGAAUCCCGCAUACACCAAGCCGAAGCAGCUCGCAUCGUUGUCUUACCACUCUGGCACCGUGCACUCGGUGCGCUUCAGCAGCAAUGGCAAAUACCUCGCGUCCGGCGCCGACGACAAGAUUGUCUGUGUAUACAACCUGGACCCCAGCCCGCCCGCGCACUCUACCUUUGGUAGCAACGAGACGCCGCCUGUGGAGAACUGGCGCAUCUUCAGGAGGCUGAUAGGGCACGACAACGACGUGCAGGAUCUAGGAUGGAGUUGCGACAGCUCCAUUCUGGUCUCGGUGGGUCUGGACAGCAAGGUGGUUGUGUGGUCUGGCACCACUUUCGAGAAGCUUAAGACGCUUUCGCAACACCAGAGUCAUGUCAAGGGAAUCACAUUCGACCCGGCGAACAAAUACUUCGCCACGGCGAGUGACGAUCGCAGUAUCAAGAUUUACCGCUUCACGUCACCGCCUCCCAACGCGACAGCCUACGACCAAACGAGUAACUUUACUCUCGAACAUACCGUUACGGAGCCUUUCAAGACCAGCCCUCUCACAACCUACUUUCGACGCUGUUCAUGGAGUCCAGAGGGUGCUCACAUUGCAGCUGCAAAUGCCGUCAAUGGACCUGUGAGCUCGGUCGCAAUUGUCAAUCGAGGAACAUGGGACAGCGAGAUCAAUCUCAUUGGACAUGAGGGCCCGGUUGAAGUUUGUGCCUUCUCCCCACGGCUGUUCUGCAGAGAUCCUCCGCCGGAGGUGAUACCCAAGGACUAUCAAUCUCCCGGAGCAGUGACAGUGGUGGCAUGUGCUGGACAAGACAAAACUGUGAGCGUGUGGAACACCAGUUUCCCGCGACCAUUUGUGACGACCAGUGAGCUAAGUGCCAAGGCAAUUAGUGACCUGGCGUGGAGUCCUGGCGGAGAAACACUAUACGUGACCUCGCUCGACGGGACAAUAGCGGUUCUAGCAUUCGAGCGAGGAGAGCUCGGAUACCCUGCACCUAAUGCAGAUUAUGACAAGGCGCUCGCAAAAUACGGAGCAGGACGUAAAGUAGGCAUCGUGGAAAGUACGGACGCACUUUUGCUGGAGAACAAGAGCAAGGACUCCGAGAUGAACAGAGUGGAGGGCAGGAUGGGAGAUUUGAUGGGUGAUGGAGUCACGACCAACGUAUUGACGAACGGCGAUGCACAAAUGGCGGAUGCGACGAAUGGUGUGGCAGCAGCUCCCAGUCCGGCGCCGGCGCCUCCCAAAGAUCCACAGGCGGAGCGCGUGGAGAAGCUGAAACAGAGGGUUACAAUCACCAAGGAUGGGAAAAAGAGAGUUGCACCGCUCCUGCUCUCAUCUUCCAACGCUGGAGAAUCGAAUCUGCCACGCCCACAACUCCAAGCUGCUGUUCGGCAGGGAGCUGGAGCACUAGAGGAGCCAGUAAAGGUACUAGAUCUCAGCAAACCGUACGAUGGCCUACCUCCUGGUGGCUUGGCGACUUUGCUCAUGGGGAACAAGCGAAAGUAUGCAGAGGUGGCAGACGAAGAUGGUGAGAGUAAUCGACAUGACAAGCGGAUCCGGGCCAUACAGCAGGCAGGCGCAACACCCAUUGUCCAUAACACAGAGGAAGGGCUCGCGCUUGCAAGUAAUACCACCGCAAAACUAGAUGAGCUUCCAGCUGCACUGCGACCGGCAGUCAUCAAUCCGAGCAUGACUGUGAGCCAGACUAGGCUUGCCGUACCCUUGUUGAGGAGCGUGAUUUCGAGGCCUCUGGACUCUAGGCUGUCUACUACAUCUGACGAUCAGCCUGCUGGCGACGACAGUGAGGCGGCACUCGUAUUCGAAGCUCGAAAUGCAACAGGCGCCUCACGAACAGGGCGGGCAGCUGAUAGAGAUCCCACGCGCAUCACACUCGCCAAACGAGGUCAAACGCUCUGGCAAGACUUCCUGCCCCGAGCAGUCCUCCUGGUCACAGGCAACCGAAAUUUCUGGGCGGCCUCCUGCGAAGAUGGUACUCUCCAUGUUUGGACGCCGGCCGGCCGUCGGCUGCUCAGCGCUCUAGUGCUCGAAGCACAGCCCGUCAUAUUGGACUGCCGAGGCUGGUGGCUUCUCGCCGUCACUGCUGUGGGCUACUGCUAUGUCUGGAACAUCAAAACCAUGACUGCACCUCACCCACCCAUCCACCUUGCGCCCGUGCUAGACAUGGCAGCGCAAUCACAACAAGGACACCUCACCACUGGGCCCAGCGUGAUGUUUGCUCGGCUGAAUAGUCAGGGGCGUGUCAUUGUGGGAAUGUCCAAUGGUGACGGCUAUGCGUACAAUGCUUCCAUGUACGUUUGGCAACGCCUCAGCGACUCUUGGUGGGCCGUCGGAUCGCAGUAUUGGAACACUACUGAUACGUCGUUGGCAUCUGUUUCCACGAGCACGGCGAAGGGAAAAGCAACGGAGAGGGAGAGGGAGCGCUUUCUGGACGAGAUCAAUCCCGAAAACAUCUCAGCUGGCAUCAUUCCCCUGCUUGAACGCAACACAACGUCACAUUCCUUGCUGAAGGGGAAAGCGUAUUUCCUACAGCGACUUGUGAAGCAACUCCUUUCAGCUGAAGGAUUUGAAGGCUUCGAGAGUUCUGUCUCGAUAGCUCAUAUCGAGAAUCGCCUUGCCGCUGCACAAACGCUCGGAGCCAAGGAUGAGUUCAGAGUGUACCUCAUCAUGUACGCCAAGCGGAUCGGAGCCGAAGGCCUGCAAAGAAAGGUCGAGGAGUUGCUCAGCGGUCUUGCUGGUAAAGUGUUCACCGAGGAAGAUGGCGUCGGUGAAGAAGACUCACCCGGCACGGACUGGAGUGUGAACGACGAAAUCGUAGGCUGGAAAAGAGAGGAGCUUUUGAGAGAGGUUGUGAUUGUGCUUGGGAAGCACAGGGAUUUGCAAAGAAUAACGACCGAGUACUCCAAGUACUUGAGUGCGUGUGAAGAGAUGGCUUCACAAUCUCGAAAUGGAAACGGGAUGGACGAAGAAAUGGUCUCUUAGGACGGAGGAUGUGCAGAUUAGCCUUCCUCCUCCCUACUCCAUCGUAUCCACGCCAACUAAUAACCUCAGCAUUCCCUAUUAUCAGCGGACGCGUUCGAGAAGCUGGUGGUAAUAACCUGCGCGGCCAUACGACCACACUCCAGUACGGAGCGUGUGGUAGGCAUCUUGACGACGUAUAGCGGGACUAGAUGGAGUAACAGUGAAAAGAUAUUGUAUAAGUAGCGUAGCUCUCGCUUCAUGACGAAACGGACUGGUAUGGCGUAGAAGGAUACUGCCUCUUAUCCUGUACAUGUAGAAUAUAAGAAG